CUGCGGCGGCGCUGCCUCUGAAAUCCCGUAGACCUUGGGCUGUGUUUUGUGGACGUGGAGUGCACUCCCAGUAUCUCCUUUGCAAAUGGGCUCUGUGGCCUAGCGUUUACUCCCCUGAGCCUCGCCACCUGUGAUCUCAAGCCGUGAAGGUGCUGCUGGCAGCAGCGCUGAAAAGAAACAAGGGUUGAUAUCUGUACAAGAACUAAGAUCAAGUAACAUGGCAGCAAUCCCAUCAAGCGGCUCACUUGUGGCAACCCAUGACUACUACAGAAGGCGUCUGGGUUCCACUUCCAGCAACAGCUCCUGUGGAAGUGCUGAAUACUCUGGGGAGGUUAUUCCUCACCAUCCGGGUCUUCCCAAGUCUGACCCCGGUCACUGGUGGGCUAGCUUCUUUUUUGGAAAGCCAACCCAUCCCAUCAUGACAACUGUGUCAGAAUCCCCGGAGAAUUCAGGAACUUUCCAGGUGGCCAACGGCAUGAUCACUUGUGGCCUGGCUCAGGAAGUAAUGAGGAAGCGCCACGCCAGUGAGCCUAGCAAACCGAGCGCUGGGCCGUCUGCGUGAACAGGCUGGCACAUCUCCCUGCUGCCCGCCUGGUUGCUGCUUCUGAUCCAAACGCUAGGAGUCAGAGCCCAUUUUCCACUCCCCUUCCCCGUAGAG